UGACGAGCGAACAUCAUUUUUGUUCGAUUCCGAGCUUGAAUAUUUAAUUAGUGCCGAAACUUAGCUGUUCUUUAAGUAGUUUUAGGUAUAUCAAGUCUGAGCAGGACCACGCAACAUAUAUGAGUUUCUCCCAGGGGGGCUUGCCCCCUGGAAAGAAAAGGAAGGAAUCGGAGGAUUCAAUGAAUGCAAUUACUGAACAUAAUUCCCAGGUCGGUAAUGAUAAUACAAUUGACUAUGAUCUACAAUCAGGAGUAAUGCAGUGUGGGCCUUGCCAAAGAAUGGCUCCACUUUUCCAACAACUAGCUGCCAAAUAUCCGAAAGCAUCUUUUCUCAAAGUAGACGUAGAUCAUUGUCAAGAUACUGCUGCAGCGCAAGGGGUAUCUGCUAUGCCCACAUUUAUAUUUUAUCGAAAUAAGGUGAAAAUUGACAGAUUGCAAGGAGCAGAUCCAAAUGGUUUGGAAAACAAAAUUAAGCAACAUGUUGGAGCCGACGAGGGUGAGGAACCUGAAGUUGUGGCAGGUCAUGUUUUUCUCUUGGCCGUUUUAGUAAGAACUUUUUUUACCGCAAGCCUCUACGAUGGAUUGGUUCCCAGGCUGAUCUGACACCAUUUAUAACGAAGCCCCAAAGUGAAUGUUUGAACGAAAGUGAUGAACAUCCUUUUACACAUUGUCUCUCAUCUGGUGGGGGAUAUCUUCAGUCUGACUGUGAUGAACAACUCAUAAUUAAUAUUGAAUUCAAUCAAGCUGUGAAGAUCCAUAGCAUUAAGGUUACAGCACCAGCUGAUAAGGGCCCAAAAAAUAUACGACUCUUCAUAAAUCAACCUAAAACCCUCGACUUUGAUACAGCAGAGAGUUUCACUAGUGUACAAGAUUUAGAAUUGAAACCAGAAGACUUGGAAGGAAAUCCAGUGAAUUUACGAUACGUGAAAUUUCAAAAUGUACAAAACAUCCAGCUGUUUGUCAAGGACAAUAUGGGCGGGGCUGAAGUGACUCAAAUCGAUCAUUUGGCAUUUAUAGGUUCUCCCAUAUCUACUACCAACAUGGGAGACUUUAAAAGAGUUGCGGGGAAAAAGGGAGAGAGCCAUUAGAUACGUUUUAUGUACUAUGAAAUUCACACACAAGGGUUGUAAUUUGGUGUAUAAUAAACAUUAUUCUAGGAAGAUGUUUUUACAUGAUAAGUAGUACUAACAGUAUAGUUUCGUUUAACCUUCUUGAUGUAAUGGUCAGGAUGUCUGACCACUCCGCUGAAUAUAUUCAUUAUGGAAUUCCAUUACUCCGAAUAUCUCUGCUCUUAGGGCCGUAUCGUUGUUUCUACCAUUAUUGUAGAACGACUUUAUGGCCUCCUUGAUUUCCAAGAUUUCUCCUAUCCUGCAGCAAAAAUUGUCAAACAAAAAAGUUCACAUUAUCCUCAACUUUGAUAUAUUGCGUAAGACGUUCACUUUUCGUCUUACGAGGAGAAAACUUUUCUAAAUUUUAAGGGCAAAUGUAUAGGAAAAUCUAUGAUGUGUGAAAUCUGUCUAAUAGGCGCGUAGAAUUACCGGGGUUGGAAG